AUGCGUACGGUGAACCUUGACACUUACAGCCUGUCACUGCUUACGGCCAAGGAGGACAUCCUCAACCAUCGCUCCUCAACGAACUGGGCUUUAUUUGUAUACGAAGGGCUCACGAGCAAGCUCAAACUAGCUGACUCAGGAGUGGGCGGUGUUUCAGAGUUGGCGAGCAAGUUUCAUGCAUCAAAACCACAAUAUGGACUUUGCAGAGUGGGAAAUUCAGACACAGGAGGACCCCGAAUCGCUAUGAUUGCCUGGGUUGGUGAACAUGUGGAAGAAUUCCGCAGGACGGAAUGUACCGGACACAUUCCAGCCAUCAAACACUUUUUCAAGGAGGCGCACGCCUUCAUUAGUGCACACAAAGCAGAUGACGUGACAGAGGAGAAGAUAAGAGCUGAGCUCAGCAAGAGCCAACCUCAUUCUCACUGGGCCAAGAAGAGCUCCAGGUCCUCAGAAAGGGAGGACUUAGUUGGCACAAACUAUAGGAAAACCAAUGCUGCAAUGGAGAUGAGACUCAUCAACAGAGACUCCUUUUGGGCGCGUGAAGAGCGAGAAGAAGAACUGAGAAAGGAGGAGGAGAGGAGACGGGCCUUGGAUGAGAGAAGGCGGCUUGAACGAGAACGUGUUUUGAAGGAACGAAAGGAAUCAGAAGAGAGAGAUCGAAAAAUGAAUGAGAAACUGCGAAUGAUAGAGGAGCAAAGACGAAAGCAAGCAGAACAAGAGGAGGAGCUGCGAAGAAAGGAGAAAUUUAGAUGGGAACAACAGCAGAGAGAGCACGAGGAAGACAUGAGAGCUCGUCUGAGAAGGAGCGAGUCCAUAGAAAAGGCCGCUGAGGCCGCAGUGUUAGUGUCCCAACGCUCCAUGAACCCUCGAGAGUUCUUCAGGCAGCUGUCGUCAUCGUCGUCGCAAAGUCCGACCAGUCCUGGAUCUUCACGUGCUGGCAAACCAUACAGACGAUACCAGCGCAGCCUUACAGACACAGCUUUUAUCUUCUCUAAAGCAGAGGACAACACGCCACCCUCCCCUCUUAGCUCUCCACUGGUCUCCCCUUUCUUACGGGCCUCUCCCUCCCGCGUUGACGCCACGUCUCCCACGAGCCCCGUUUUUCGUCCUGUCACUUCUCCCACCAGGAUCAAAGUCCACAACGUGUCACCGCCCACAUCCCCACUUCACAAUGCCCCUCAAGCUUCAGCUCCGGUGCCUGAAGUGCCUCCUGCUGAAGUUCCAUCACCUGUGGAACCCUCUGCACCAUCACCAUCCAUUAAUCCGGAAACAUCUCCAGUCUUCAGCUUGGAAAGAAACAUACCCUCUGAGCCUCUUCCUGGGGCUCUGCCAGCCUCCCCCCCGAAUACUCCAAUUGAUCAAGAGCUCUCAACUUUCUGCUUUGAAGGUCCACCUCCACAGCCACCAUCAUCUCCCCUCCCUGAAAUACCACAACUUAACACGGAUCUCCAUACAACUAUGUUCGUACAUACUGACACUGGCUUCAAAGCACAAGCUGUCCUUCUAGAAGUAGAUGAAGAGGAAGAUGACGUAGAGGAGAAGGAGGAAGCGGAAGAAGUGGUGGUGAAUGAAGAAGAAAAGACUGAAGAGGAAGAAGAUGUAAAAGAGGAAGCUGAUGAGCAACCACAACUUUGCGCUUCUACUGAGGAACUCGCCCAGGCUGUCUUGGAGGAGCAAAUGCAGGAGGAGGAAAAAUUAGAGCAAGAAGUCGAGCCUGCAUCCCCAGAGGAAACAACUGAGGAGCUGCAUGUUGAUAAAGAGUUCAAUGACAAAACAAAGCACAAUGAGAGAUUUGAGGACAGUCAGAGCCCAGAUGAAGCUGCUGAUCUUUCAGAAAAAGAGGAAAAGUCCGAGCUGACAGAUGAAGGUCAAAUCAUCAUUUCAGAUGAGGACCACCUUUGGCAGACUAUCAAGCUUGAGACUGUGCUUCUGCCAACCAAUGGGUUCACACAUGAGGAACAAGAGAAUGGAAUAGGGAGAUCGCUUAGCCCGUCUGAUGCAGAAAUCAGCUCACCGGAGCUAAGCGGCUGUUAUGACCUUCACAAUAUUGCAGACAGCGACGAGAAAGAUAUGUCAGAAAAUGGACAAGAGGUUUCAUCUGAGCAACAAAUAUGCGUCAGAGCUCUGUACGACUACCAAGCAGAGGAUGAAUCCGAGAUCUCCUUUGAACCCGGUGACAUCAUCCGGGACGUGGAAACGGUGGAUAAAGCUUGGUGGAGGGGCUGGAGCAAAGAUGGACGUCAAGGCUUGUUCCCCGCCAAUUACGUGGAGACCAUAUAG